AUGGCUUGGACUCUGAACGGUAUAAAUGCUCCUCAAAGGGAGAGAGACAGUCGGCAUCCGACAGAGAUUUACCCAUCCCAAUCGUCGUUUUCUACCAGUCGUCUUAUUCUUGAAAUGCAGCGCUUCCUCGCCGGAGUCACCGAGGCCAUUGUCGGCGGUCAUGGGUGGAAGAAAUUCGUGAACCCUACCGUCAACCUCAAUUUGACUGCCUGGCCCCGCGACUCGGGCGAGCAGGAGAAAUACGGCGUUCGCUAUGACUAUGACGGGCAGCAGGAGAUCGAUGGCACCGUCUACCACAAGUUCCAGAUGCAGGCGAACUCCGGCAACAAGAUCCCGUCCACUAUCAAGAACUGGCGCUCGAAGGCGGAUCGCGGCAUGCACGACGUCAUGGCGGACGUGUUCGUCCCCAAGGGUGGAGACAAGGACGACGUCGAGGCCGCUCUCAACAAGGCCCACGAGGGAGUUAAGGGUGCUUAG